UCCUCCCCGCCGCCGCCACCGGCCGCUCAGGGGCCGCCGCUCUCCCCGCAGCACGAGCGCGAGCAGAUCAUGACGACCAACGUGUGGCUCACGCAGGAGUGGGAGGAUUAUCGCCUCACCUGGAGGCCCGAGGACUUCGACAACAUGAGGAAGGUGCGACUGCCCUCCAAGCACAUCUGGCUGCCCGACGUGGUGCUCUACAACAACGCCGACGGCAUGUACGAGGUGUCCUUCUACUCCAACGCGGUCAUCUCGUACGACGGCAGCAUCUUCUGGCUGCCACCGGCCAUCUACAAGAGCGCCUGCAAGAUCGAGGUGAAGCACUUCCCCUUCGACCAGCAGAACUGCACCAUGAAGUUCCGUUCCUGGACCUACGACCGCACCGAGAUCGACCUGGUGCUCAAGAGUGACGUGGCCAGUCUGGACGACUUCACGCCCAGCGGUGAGUGGGACAUCGUGGCGCUGCCGGGGCGGCGCAACGAGAACCCUGACGACUCCACCUACGUGGACAUCACGUAUGACUUCAUCAUCCGCCGCAAGCCGCUCUUCUACACCAUCAACCUCAUCAUCCCCUGCAUCCUCAUCACCUCCCUGGCCAUCCUCGUCUUCUACCUCCCGUCCGACUGCGGCGAGAAGAUGACGCUCUGCAUCUCCGUGCUGCUGGCCCUCACCGUCUUCCUGCUGCUCAUCUCCAAGAUCGUGCCGCCCACCUCGCUGGACGUGCCGCUCGUGGGCAAGUACCUCAUGUUCACCAUGGUGCUGGUGACCUUCUCCAUCGUGACGAGCGUGUGCGUCCUCAACGUGCACCACCGCUCGCCCACCACGCACACCAUGCCGCCCUGGGUGCGCACCCUCUUCCUGCGCAAGCUCCCGGCGCUGCUCUUCAUGAAGCAGCCGGAGGGAGAGAACGUAAAAGCAAGAGGCAACUGA